AUGGACGUGCCCAACAUCAAACGGAACGACUUCCAGUUCCCCCAGGUGCACCUGGUGGGCAUCGACAUCUUCACGGGCAAGAAGUACGAGGACAUCUGUCCGUCCACCCACAACAUGGACGUGCCCAACAUCAAACGGAACGACUUCCAGCUCAUUGGGAUCCAGGACGGGUACCUGUCGCUGCUCCAGGACAGCGGCGAGGUGCGGGAGGAUCUGCGGCUGCCGGAGGGGGAGCUGGGCCGGGAGAUCGAGCAGAAAUACGACUGCGGCGAGGAGAUCCUGGUACUGGUUAUACUGGUUAUACUGGGUUGUACUGGUUAUACUGGUUAUACUGGGUUAUACUGGUUAUACUGGUUAUACUGGGGGAGCUGGGCCGGGAGAUCCUGGUACUGGUUAUACUGGGUUAUGCUGGUUAUACUGGGUUAUAUCAGUCUGAACUAGUCUGUACUGGUCUGU